AUGGAGAUGAGGAAGUAUAAAUUUCUAGCAUCUUGCUUGAAUCACUAUUGCUGUGAUGGGAGUGAUGAGUAUGAUGGUAUGAUAAACUGCCCAAAUACAUGUUGGGAGGCUGGAAAAGUAGCUAGAGAUAAGUUGCAGAAGAAAAUAGCAACAUAUCAGGAAGGUGUCACUGUACGAAGGCUGAAAGUUGAAGAAGCGAAGUUAGCUAUAGCAAAAGAUGAGGCGGAAUUGACAAAGUUCAAAAAUGAGGAGAAAAUACUUAAGGGACUGGUUCAACAGCUUAGGGGUAUCUUUCUCUUCUUUCCAGUAAAUUCUAUUAUUGUUGUCAUGUUACCAUUGCAUGAUUUUGUCCAGUAUGUAAGUUGACUGCAGCUUCCACUUUCACUAUGUGAUUUUCUUUUCCAAAAUAGAUAUGCUUGGAAAUUCAGUGAUUUUGUGAAUAGGUCUACUGUAUUACUCCAAGUUCAGCAGAUUUAAAGGUCCCAGGCCAUGGCAAAAAUUAAACAGAAUCUAGAUUUUACAACUACCUGCAAGGCAAUCUUCAUUGAAGUAAUCUCUAGUUUGGAGCUAAUCACAUCAUAUAGGAAGUUGGACAAAGUGAAAUUGCUAGGUGGAAGUGAACACUUGCUCAUGUCAUGUAAGAAUCCCUUCGUUGCUUCACACUUGAUGGUUGACCACUGUAGGAGUCUAUACUUCUUGUGGUUGGGGUGACGGGGACACGAUUACAAUGGAUGACAUUCUAAUAUG